UAUGAACAUGUGUUCUUGGCCCUCUGCAGGGCAGGAUCCACCCCUCCCGGCACCACAGAGGAGCAGCUCCACUACGCUAAGAAGCUGUACGACUCGGCCUUCCACCCAGACACCGGAGACCGCAUGAACCUUAUCGGCCGCAUGUCCUUCCAGGUCCCUGGAGGCAUGGCCAUCACCGGCUGCAUGCUGCAGUUCUACAGGACAGUUCCUGCUGUGGUGUUCUGGCAGUGGGUGAAUCAGUCCUUCAACGCUCUUGUCAACUACACAAACCGUAACGCUGCCUCCCCCAUCACUCCCAAGCAGAUUGGAGUUGCCUACGUCACAGCAACCAGCACAGCGUUAGCAACAGCAGUCGGCCUUAACCUCUACACAAAGAAAGCUCCUCCUCUCGUGGCUCGCUGGGUCCCCUUUGCAGCAGUGGCAGCAGCCAACUGUGUUAACAUUCCUAUGAUGAGGCAACAGGAAAUUCUUAAUGGUAUUGCCGUCACGGAUGAAAAUGGCAACAAACUGGGCCACUCUAAGAAAGCAGCCGCAAAAGGCAUCACUCAGGUGGUCAUCUCUCGGAUCACCAUGGCUGCACCAGGAAUGAUCAUCCUCCCCAUCAUCAUGCAGAGGAUGGAAAAAUACAAGUUCAUGCAGAGAAUCACGUAUCUCCACGGACCAAUUCAAGUGAUGAUGGUGGGAGUGUUUUUGGUCUUCAUGGUGCCUGCUGCCUGCUCCCUGUUCCCUCAGAGAUGCUCUAUGGCCGCGUCGAAGCUGGAGCCCGAGCUGAGAGAUGCCAUCGUGUCUCAAUAUGGAGACGCUGUACGUGUCUACUUUAACAAAGGCCUCUGAGGCUGAGAGGGCUGAUUAGCAUUAUCUGUUCACCACACAAGCCUGAAUACAUAUGUGUUUAUGUAAUGGUGUUCAUCUUCGAAUUGUUAGUCAUGAAGAAAUGCUUGUUUCCCUACAUCUCUCAAAUUGUUGCUUAUCGGUGGGAUGAUUUUGAUCAAUCAUGUCACUAUUUCUUUGUAUCUGUUUCUCUUUCUUUGGUUCAACAUAUGUCUGUUUUCUUACAUUAAACAGAUACAAGGGGCACUGUGUACUCCUGUUGAGAAACCCAAUGAUCUCCUCUCAGGAACAGCAUAUUACUUUGUCAGAUUAAAGCUCUGUUAGUUUGUCCUUCAUGGUGUGACUUGUCAGCAUUGUUUUCAUUGGCUGUUUGUUUGUGUCUCAAUGCCUUUUUAAAUGGUGUCAUGCUCCUUCUGUUUGCCAAGCUUCCUUACAAUCUGUGCCUUCGAUAAAACGGGAGGAGCUGGAUUUUUGUAUUUUUUUAAACCAAAAUUGGCUUUACUUCAAAAGCAGAAAAAUACUUCUAUGCGUGGAUUUAAACUUCUAAAAUGGCCAUUCAGUGUGUGUAUGGAAGUUUUGUGUGAUAAAAGUGGAGGAUACUGCCCUCUUCUGCCAGAAUGGAGGUAGAUGUACGACUUGUUUGCAUGAUUUAUCUAAAAGUUUGCCAGUCGGAUCAUGUCGCUGUGUUAAGUCAAACUGGUGCCGUGAUCCUCGUGUAGGCUGGAAUAAAACCACAUAAAUAUUUGAAAUAUAA